GAUCUAUGAAGUAGUUUCGCUCGGAUCGCUGCUUAUCACACAUUAGAUCGGUAUAUUCCGAUUACUACUAUUUUUGCACGGACCUAUUUUCCGCCGUUGCGGUGUAACGCUCACGGAAAUCGUCCAGAAUCAUCAUUACACAGCUUAGUUUUCGCUUCUCUGAUCACCAUGCCUCGAUUUGGAAUUUUAGGUGGCGGCAUGGUUGGUCUUUCCACUGCCGUUGCUCUACAGGAAACUUACAGAAACGCAGAAUUGCUGAUUUAUUCUCCUGAGGACAUCAGCAAACUUGUGAGUCAUGGAGCUGCGGGCGGAUUCCGAGCAGAUCCAGAAAUGAUGCCGGGUGCGGUGUGUUGUAGCACCGUGGAAUGUUGUCCGGAGUGCCCAUUUGUGCGUUGGUGCAACCAUUCCAAAAGUCACUUUUGGCAAAUUGCUGCUAGUCCGAAUUCCGAUGCUGCGGGCGUAUUCUUUCAACCGAUGAUAAAAGUUUUAGCUGAUCGCCCGCCACGAACUCCAUUCGAGGCGUCUUUUUGUGGCCAGGAGAAGAUUGUGGAUGAAGAUGAGCUUCAUAUGCUGGGAUUUUCCACAAAUGUUAACUUAGGAUAUUUUUACGUCACCUGCAUGAUUGAAGGGAGGUAUCAUAUGCCAUAUUUACGAUCAAAGCUGAACCAGCAGUCUUCAACAGCUUCGAGUCGAAUUUUUGAUGGACUAGCUCCCAUGAGUUCAUUACAACAAGUGUACAAAUGGGCCAUCCGUGAGAAUAUGGACGUUGUGCUGAAUUGUACAGGCUUGGGCGCAGGCACUCUUUGCGGUGAUCGUAAUAUCCUACCAAUACGUGGCCAUUUGGUUCGUGUUGUGGCUCCCUGGAUGAAAUUCGGAAUCUACGGGAAUGGUAAAGAAAGAAGCACGUUUCACCUCGAUUGUGUCGCUGGUCGUCAUGAAGUAUUUGUUUCUCCAGAAAAGAUCCGUUAAGAAAACUCACGAUGUUACAAACACUGGGGGAGAAGUAUCCUUCCUACAGCGCUGUCAAGAUUUGAACAUGUUGUUUCAACAUUCAAGCCGAAUACAACUCACGCAUUCGUCGGAAAAGAGUCCGUCAUUUUGGGCGGCUUUCGAACCCCACUACCCUGUCCUAUCGACCAACCAUUAAGUCCGAAAGAUGUUGAGAUAUCCAAGGAGGCAACGAAGGAUAUACUUCAUCGAAUAGGCACCUUGUGGCACGGCGGAUUGAACAAAGCUCCCAUACUAGAAGAGUGGACUGGCCUAAGGCCCUUUCGCAAUGUUGUUCGUCUGGAAUUGGAUUGGCUGCAUGACGACUGCUCCUCUCGUCGGGUACCAAUCAUCCACAACUAUGGUCACGGUUCAAUGGGGAUCACACUCAGCUGGGGCACCGCGCUUGAUGCAGUUUCGUUGGUAGAACAAGCCCUCAAAUCAAGUGGCACUAGGAACCGUGAAACAAUUGUACCGCCAGGAUUACAGAAGCUUUCGUUGGAUUGAUGCAAUUUGUGUGGCUCAUCUUGAGCGCUCCUGAUCAGCGAGCAAUCGCAGAUGCGAUUCCUCUAAGUUCACUAGCGUCCCUCCAUUUUCUUCUGCCUCCAAUAUUGCAAAAUUUUGACUUUAUUUCGCAAUGAUAAAGCUAUUUUGAUUGUUCCCA